CGGCGCGGACAGCAUGGCUGGGUGAGUGGCACGACCGCAGCGGCGGGGGCUUGGCGACGAGCCGCGGAGCAGAUAUUUUUGUUGAGAAUAGAUAAAAUGGCAACAUUAAUUCACACAUUAGUGGAUCAUACCGAUGAUGUCAACUACUGUGCGUUUUCUUCAUCUUGCUUGGCUACUUGUUCCUUGGACAAAACAAUACGCCUUUAUUCUUUGAAUGACUUUACUGAGCUUCCCUACUCACCUUUAAAAGGUCACACGUAUGCUGUCCACUGCUGCUGCUUCUCGCCAUCAGGGCACAUUUUAGCUUCGUGUUCGACAGAUGGCACAACCAUGAUUUGGGACACUCGUGAUGGUCAGAGGCUGGCAGUGCUAGAGCAGCCCAGUGGCAGUCCUGUUAGAGUCUGCCGAUUUUCUCCUGAAUCCACGUAUCUAGUGUCAGGUGCAGCAGAUGGGAGUGUAGUUCUCUGGAAUACACAGUCAUUGAAACUGUACAGAUCUGGGAAUGUUAAAGAUGGUUCUUUGGUCGCCUGUGCUUUUUCUCCUAAUGGAAAUUUCUUUGUCACUGGAUCAUCAUGUGGUGAUUUAACCAUUUGGGAUGAUAAAAUGAGAUGCCUCUGUAAUGAAAAAACACAUGAUCUUGGCGUUACCUGCUGCGAUAUUUCUUCACAGCCAAUUUCUGAUGGCGACCAUGGGUCCGGGUACUUCCAGAUGGCUUCUUGUGGUCAAGAUAAUCAGAUCAAACUCUGGCUUAUUUUGUUUGCAGAUUUCUUAGAUGCUGAAUUAAAAUAUAAAUGUACAUUGAGUGGACAUUCUGCCCCAGUUCUGGCUUGUGCAUUUUCUUAUGAUGGACAGAUGUUAGUUUCAGGGUCCGUGGACAAAUGUGUCAUAAUAUAUGAAACUAGUACUGGCAAUAUCCUUCAUACUUUGUCUCAACACACUAGGUAUGUUACAACUUGUGCUUUUGCACCAUGUAUUCUCUUACUUGCCACAGGUUCAAUGGAUAAAACUGUGAAUAUAUGGCAAUUUGACCAUAAACAGCCCUGCUCAGGAAAUGUCAUAGAAAAUGAAUCCAAGAGAGCUGUUGAGAAUUGGUCAGAGGAGGACGUUUUGGCCUGGCUUCAUGCACAGGGCUUAACAGACCUUGUUGGGAUUUUCAAAAUGAAUAACAUUGAUGGCAAAGAACUCCUGAAUCUUACGAAGGAAAGUCUGAUGAAUGAAUUAAAAAUUGAGUCUCUAGGUCUGCGCAGUAAAGUCCUCCGUAAAAUUGAAGAACUAAGGAUGAAAAUGGAAUCUGUUUCUGUUGCUAUCCCUGAUGAAUUCUUAUGUCCUAUAACCAGGGAGCUUAUGAAGGAUCCUGUUAUUGCAGCAGAUGGCUAUUCCUAUGAAAAGGAUGCAAUGGAAAAUUGGAUCAACAAUAAAAGACGAUCUAGUCCCAUGACAAAUCUCCCCCUCCACUCUCUUCUGCUUACACCCAACAGGACUCUGAAAAUGGCUAUCAGUCGCUGGCUAGAGACUCAGCAGAAACACAAUGCAACUACUUAGCUUUGAAGUUGUUAUUACAGUUCAUUGAAAUGAAGCUGUAAGUAGCUAAAGGAAAUAACUAUUGGAAACUACUGGAAAAAAAACCUCUAAGUUUCUGUUCUAACCUGUGACUGUCAUUUAAAUGUUUAUGUUAAAAAGAACAUUACCUUUUGUGCCACCAAAAGACCUUUACUGCACAAUAUUUCAGAAAUCGUGUUCAAAUUCAGAAUAAGUUUUCAAAAUAAAGUUCUCUUAAAUUUUUUUCCUGCAUUUAUGAGUUUUAAGACUUGUUUGCAAAGAUAAUCUUUCAGAAGUUAAGAAAUAUUAAAGUAUGUAAUCCUUAUUCCCAUUUAAAAAACAAAACUGUCCUCUUUUUUUCUCCAUAUUACUAAACAUGCAGUUAGAAAAGGUCAGAGAGAAUUCUUCCUAUAACUGUCAGAGUGCACCUCAUCCCACAGCUGUAUUAAUAAUCUUUAUUUUGUAUGGAAAAAAAUACAGUAGCUGUGCAAAAACAGAACUACAGGACAAGAAUAAUAAGACUUGUACAAAAUAUCAAAGAAACAGUAAACAAUAAAUAAGCUAAAGCAGAAUAAUGCAAACUCAACAAGGAACUUCUAAGAAUGGCUUUAGGCUGGUUUACAAUGUAUGCACAACAUUGUACACAAGCAAGUAUUGAAAAGUGACUGAAUAUGUCAAGUUGAUCACCCCAACCUGAUUACACUCAUAGGAAUGUCACUACACCUGUUUAUUUCAGAACAGUCCUGCAAAUAUAAACCCUUUUUUCCUCUGAAAAAAAUUCACAACUUCAUCCUAUAAAACAACUGCACAUACACUUUUCCUCAAACUUUCAUUCUCACUCCAUCAAUUCCUUGGAUGUCCUAUACAAACACUUUAAGCAUUUCAUUCCUGUACCUUUUUCCAUGAAAAAACAUACUUUCCUUUAAGCUAGCACCCAAAGGUGAGUAGAUAAACAUAUAAAGUGCAGUUACUGUUAACAUGCCAUAAUAUUGUGUUAUUCAGUGCAAUAACCAAUAUGGUCAAAGCCUUGCAAUACACAUGCAAAUGUCACUGUUUGUUUAUUUUACUUGUUUUCUUCUAGUUACUAAAAAGUUAUAUUUACAUGUCAAAACAUGGCUGCUUAUAGUUUACUCAUACACAAAUUAUUUAUGGUUCCUAAAUGUACAUCAUGCAACCCAAAUUAGAUCCCAUUAGAAAAGUGAUAAAAUACUUAUCUUUGAUUCUAAAAAACCCAUACAUAUACAGAACUGUAUGUUAUGCAGCAGAUAGAUAGAUAGAUACAGAUUUUUUUUUUCUUAACACUAUUUGGAGAACCAAGCACUUAGCAUUAUAGAGGCACAAUUAUUAUGCAAGUGAUGAGAUGUAAUACAACCAAAAGCCAAGAUUAAAACUCUAUGUAAGAAGAGUCAUAUAUUAAGAAUAAAA